UCCGGCCUCUUACCCAUCACUCUGCCCCUUGCACCGUUGUAAUGACCACAUAUUGGAUUCAGGAAAUUAGCAAGCACCUCGCCGAGACCGCCCACAUUAUUUACUUGAUAUUGUCCCUGACCUUGUGCGGAACUUUAGGCCUCCCUAUCUGUCCUCAUUGCUCCCAGAACUUCUCAUCCAGUGUUUCUUUUCACAUUCAGACCUUUGGCCGCUUGUAAAGUCAAUGUCUCCUCAUGCUCAACGGCCGCUCGCUGGUUUGUAUAUACAUGCCGAAGUUAGCAACCUCCUUCCAGCGCCAUGGUCUUUCAUGGGACCC